AUGCAGUUUACCCAGCCGUUCGUAUUGCCUCGACCACAUAGAAUGCUUAGCUCGGCACCAACUACUAUGAUAGUCGCUUGCGCAGACCGCUAUUCAUUGGCUCUUGCUACUAGCAGUAAUGAUAUUGACGCAAGCAUCCUAAAGCGCGUCUCCACAGGCGAUUGGUCGUAUGUGGCCUUGUCGGCCAAUCAUGGCGCUACGGGCGAUCUACACUACGCAAUUAUUGCUUGCUCAGAGAGACCAUAUGGUGGCCACAAGGUGGAGGAUGACCGCUUGCAAAAAAUACGGAAGCCAAUCAAUGCUCCCGAGAGGGCUGAAUGGGAAGCGACGGGCAUCCUCAUCUGCAACAGAAAGGCUGACCGGCCACCGAAGCCCACACUCAUCAACUCCCGGACUUCAUGCAAACAGCUUGCCAAGCGCCACAGAGGCUCCAACGUCAGCUACGAGACCAUGACAAUUGCCCUGCUACCAGCUCUACCUGGUGUCAGCAGCGUCUUUCUCGACCAUGAACCACGCGGCAUUGAUGACAGCUCUGGUUCAAAGUACGGGGCUCUGCAACAAGCCAUAGCAUACCACGUCGCUAGACCAGGCCAAAAGCUCCCAAGUCGCGGUGAAGGAAGACGUGUCUCAUUCGAUCAUCGUUCGAUUGCGAUUCCAUGCCUGGUUCCGACGUUCCUCCAAGGGGGAUUCUGUUCAAGCGUGAGGCUUUCCUCAAUGGUCCUGCACAACGGGCACGUUCGCCCUGCGACAGGCGAGACAAGGGCAGGUUGA